AUGUCCAAAACCAAAACCAAUUACAACGACAGCCCCGGCAACUCAAAUGCGACCAGCGCGAGUUGUACAGCGCAGCAGGAAUCCUCCUAUUUAAGUCCCUUUUACCAAACAUACCCCGCCAACGGAUUUACCGGUAUUAAAGCCUCACCGGAAAGAGAGAUACCGCCAUUCGCGCUGCCGCACUACAUACAUCAGCAACCCUCGUUCGCCAGAUCGCGUCGCAGCUCGUAUGAAUCUGAAGGCAGCAAUGCGACUUCGAGCAGGAAGUCAUCCUUAAAUACCAAUACCAAUGCCAGUACCGCAGAUAGUCUCGGCAGCAACAGCACUACUACCCAGCACAAUAUCUCAGAUACCAACGACGCCGAUAAGAAGCUCCAGCAGCGCGAGAGGAACAAGCAGGCUGCGAGUAGAUUCAGAAUCCGUCAGCAGUACAAAACAGAGUCACUGCAGAUGGAAAACGACUGGCUGAAGCGGGAGCGAGUGCGCCUACAGAGGGAGAAUCUCGCGCUAAAGGAUGAGAAUAGACGCCUUUCACUCGAGCAGCAGGGCCAUUAUGAGGGGGGCAAUAUGUACACACAAAGGAUCUUCUAG